AAUCACUAAUGAUAUUUUGUCUGCAAAGACUUCAAAAGAAAUUACUCUCCCCUCAGCUUGUAUUAUUCUAUAUAUGUUACUCAAAGGGAAGCACUAGUCUGUAGGGUUAAAUAUGAAAAUACUUUAGAGCAAAUAUUUUUAAAUGUAAUUUUAUGAUUUAUGAUCUCUGGCACUUGGAUAUGGGCAUUCCCUUGCCCUAUUUGCAUGUGCCAGAAGGGACCACCUGGUCUCUACAUUUUUCAUCUAACAUAAAACUAGCUAUAUCAAAGUGAGGGUUCUUAGGCUUUCACCCAACUUUUUUCAUGGCUGCAUAUUUCAGUCACAUUCCUUUCUUUCCCAAGUUAUAUUCCUCUCUGUCUCCUGUGUGUUGGCUAAUGGUAUUCUCCACUAGACUACCACACUGGCUUCAGAAUAAAGUUUUUUGGUUUAUUACACAGAGCUGCAGCUAAAGAUACUUCGGAGGUGCCAGCCCCGUGUGGAAUUCUAAUGUUUUCUGCUUAGACCCUCUUGGGCCAAUGGAGCUAGUACAUUGUCUUUUGAAACCAGUUAAUCCAUCUGAAAUGUAUAUAUGCAGUUGCAAUCUGGUAUUGUACAAGUAGUGGCAAAUCCUUUGAUAAUUAGAAUCUAUACUGUGUUAUAGUGAAAAAUUAACAUGGGUGAGAUAGGUGCUCCUGCAAAGAUUGCACUAAAAUGAACUUGCUAUUAUUAUUAAAAGGUUGUUUUCACUUGUCUGGAUGUCACUGAUCAGAAGUUGGUAGAGUGGUUUCAACAAGAUCAUGCUGCAGGGACAAUUCGGGGUUCCUGCAUGGAAUAAAACUUGCUUAAGAAUAGAAUGAGCCAGGGAGACUCAAACCCAGCAGCAGUUCCACAUGCAGCUGAAGAUAUUCAAGGAGAUGACAGGUGGAUGUCACAGCACAACAGAUUUGUCUUGGACUGCAAGGACAAGGAGCCCGAUGUGCUGUUUGUGGGUGAUUCCAUGGUGCAGUUGCUACAGCAGUAUGAGAUAUGGCGAGAGCUUUUUUCGCCCCUUCAUGCAUUGAAUUUUGGGAUCGGUGGGGACACAACAGCUCAUGUUCUAUGGAGAUUGAAGAAUGGUGAAUUGGAGAACAUUAAACCCAAGGUCAUUGUCGUCUGGGUUGGAACAAAUAACCAUGAAAAUACAGCGGAGGAAGUAGCAGGUGGAAUCGAGGCCAUCGUGCGGCUGAUAAAUACCCGACAGCCACAGGCCAAAGUUAUUGUCUUGAGCUUACUACCUCGAGGCGAGAAGCCAAACCCUCUGCGGCAGAAGAAUGCCAAGGUGAACCAGCUGCUAAAAGCCUCGCUCCCAAAACUCGCCAGCGUCCAGCUUCUGGAUGUCAGUGUGGGCUUCGUGCACUCGGAUGGCGCCAUCUCGUGCCAUGACAUGUUUGAUUUUCUGCACCUGACGGGAGGGGGCUAUGCAAAGAUCUGCAAACCCCUCCAUGAACUGAUCAUGCAGCUACUGGAGGAGACCCCUGAGGAGAAGCAAGCUGCUCUGGCCUGAUCAGCUAAUAUCAGUGUUCAACAUCAUCCCAGCCCCAUCAGAUCAGUUCUAUCACUGGCACUACAGAAUCCUUCUUGCUUAAAGCACUUUCCAUUGUAGAAUGUUACUGGAUGUUCGUAUCGAGUGUUUUGAGGGGGAGGGCUAACGUCAAACUGGUCUUGUACAUAGAAGGGCAGGGCUAACUGGUUUUACUGCAGGAAGAAAUUAGCUAAAGAAGAUUUUUACUUUUAAACCAUUCCUCAUUUAAAAUGAGAACAAGACUGUCACCUCUGUGCCCCUCACAUGCAUUAUUGCUCUAUGGUGCCCCUAGAUCCCUGUCAGCCUGACUCUAAUAACCCAUGUGCAGCUCUCGGUUUAGCUUUUCCCUUCCCUAGGCACUAGACUCUGUAUUAGCUUGGGAACCAGAAUCGCAUUCCACUCACUAGAAACAAAACAGCUGCAUUUUUUUCAAAAACCGUUCCCACCUUUAGAAGUUUUAUUUACUAAGGUUUUUUUAAGAGACACUUGUUGCUUUCUGGCUCUUUGUUUUUGAAGCAGCAUGAGACUAAAUGUAACUGGAAUUCAGAAAUGUAAAAAACCAAAGUGUUAGUUGAGCUGAACUCAUUUAACACUCCCAAAAUAUUGUUUUGUUUUACAAAGUCUGUUAGCUGUGACAAACUUCAUUCCAUUGUUGCUUGGACUGUGGGCAGUCUCAUUUGGGUGCUGUUGAAUAUCAUGUCUCCUAUAGAACCUGUUCUUUGUUUUGGUUUGUGUACAGUAUUGGCAGCUUUUAACAGUUCUUUGGUUUAGGAGCUUAGUUUUCCAGCAAACGUCAAACACAAGCCCGUCAGAAACGUAGAACUGACAUUUCAUCCCACUAUGAGGGCUGUGCUACAGGAUUCUGUGCAGUGCUGUUCAUGUUCAUAGUUCCAAUUUUUUUAAAGUACGACUGUUACGCCUUUUUUUAAUCCAUACUCAGCCCCUCUUUGCAAGGCCUGAACCAAUCUAAUGCUUUACGAGUUCUAAGGUGUAUAUUUCUUUAUUGCUUCUGUUUUACUUGUACAAACAUUUUAUUCAAGCAAAUAAGGCCUUUGACAGUAAAGAAUUGAGUCAGUCUGUAGCCUUUUCCUCUCCUGGACACUGCCCCUUUCCCCUCCAGCAAAGGGAGUUAGUGUGGAGAGUGGACUGUUCACAGGGACUCUCUGUCUCGCUAGAGCUUUUUAUACGAGAGCUAAUUAUAAUCUGUGUAAUGACUAUAUAAAAUUGUCAUUCGUUUAAAGGUGAACAGGAAAAAAAAUUUCUUAUCAAUAAGAAACUGUUUGAGACCCAAUGCAGAGCCUUGCUACUUAAAAAUAAAAAUACUUUAACAAAG